GAUUUUCGGAUGUGACGUCAUUCCAUGAUGGCUGAAGACCCCGGCGGAACAUUUUUUAAUUUAUCUGUUAUUUUUUUGUCUUUCUCUUUAACUCGGCUUGCCAUUGAGCCAUGGCAGGACUCACAGGCCCGUUAGUCGUUUCUUUAUCAGUGGUGUCGACAUGCCCAAGAAAGGGAACCGAAAACGGCUGAAGUUUAGGGCCGGAGACGUUUGCUCUGAAUCAGUCACAGUUGCUGAUUUUGCUGAUGCGGACCCAGCCGUCGUGAAGUCUGGUAGAGUAAAGAAAGCUGUCGCCAAUGCGAUUGAAAAAGAAGUAAAAUUGCUGUGCGGGUUGGAAGCCUCCCAGGGGGCGGUAGAGGAAGUCCUUUCGUCUGCAGUCGGAGGAGACGCUGCAGGCAGCAGUGAUGAUGACCCUGAACCCGAUGAUGAUAAUGAAGGGGGGAGCGAAACCAAAGUGACCCGCAAAAAGAAAACCAAGAGAAAGAAAGGAAGCAGUGAGAGCAGUGAUGGGGAGGAUUACCCAGUAGACAUCUGGUUGGUCCUUUCUUCCUACAUUCGGCCUGAGGAUGUGUGCAGGUUUGCUUUGAUCUGCAGAAGCGCCUGGACAGUUACUUGCACUGCAGCUUUUUGGACCAGACUCUACAGAAGGCACUACAGGGCUGAAAUUGAUCUUCCGUUUGGUCUCCAGCCGGACUCCAUGGAUAGGAUGCGUUGUCUGCGGGCUUGUGUGAUCCGCUCUCUUUUCCAUUUGUACGAGCCGUUUAGCUUGCGGGUUUCAAAAAUUCCUGUGCUGCCAGAUUCCACGCCCACAACGUUGCUCAACUCCAAGUGUUUACUCUUCUGGGUCAAAAAGGUGUCAGGCACUCGACCAGAAGCAUUGUGGGAGUUCAACUUCAAAUUUAAAAAGCAGGGAAAGAACGGCUUUGCCAAGUCUUUGCACCUGCCAAAACAAUAUGAAGACGUUCAUAUGAAUCCAGACUCUGACUGCUGUGUGCUUCAGGUCACCACGCUCAACUACAUCUUCAUCCCUGUUGUCAUGGGACUGACACUUACCCUGUUCACGAUCAACGUGAGCACAGACAUGCGCCACCAUCGCGUCCGUCUGCUGUUCCAGGAUUCUCCUCUUCAGCGUGGAAAGCAGAGAGGGGAUCAGGGCGGGACGCAGGUUGUCCUGGAUCCUGUGCACAGCGUGAAGCUUAUGGACUGGUGGCAUCCGCUUUACCCUUUGUUACCCUACACAGGAAAAUGACUCCUCCUUCCAUUCCACCCUGAGAAAACCAAGAACUCUAAUAUUUGUCCAAAAUAAUCAUAAAAUGAAUCACAUUCAGUUGUUGGUCAUCGUUUACAAAAAAAACAGGAAUGUAAUUUAUUUAAUUGGAUCGGCUAACGUUGAAUGUUAUGCGAAAAACGUUAUGUUGCUUAAUCAAUGCUUUCUUCAAAGUUAAAAUAUUAGAUCAGUGGGGCGGUUUUUUCUCCUACUGAUGCAGCAGAUUGGUUCAAGCCUGUUUCUAGUAUUUAUACAUUUAUUUAGCAAAUUUGGUUUAUUUUUAAAAUAUCCAACUGUUUUCAUAUUUGAUUGCUUUAUAAGAAAGAGGUUGGAAAUAUAAUUUUUUCCAGACAACUAAUCUGACAGCUUUUUGUUUUAACUGUUUACUGGAAGAUCUUUUAUGUUUUUGCAAAUCAAGCGAUGCCAUUCACUGCCAUAGGCGGUGUAGCUCUGACUGGCCUGGAUGUCAUAUUUAGAUCAGUUAUGCCUGGUGAUGGGAAGCAGCGCUCCCACUCUUAUUGGUUUAAUCAUUUUCAGAGAUUCAGAACUAUUUGAUUUGCACAUAGAUGGUAGAGGGAAAAACAGGCAUUAUAUCAUCCACAUAUCUUUGUAGUAGUAAAACCCUUGCACCAAAGGACAGCUGGUUGUUUGAGUUUGGCAGCAGAUUAUAUAACAUGAUGGUUUAGGUUCAUCAAAUGAAAGGUAUCUGUGAUAAAACAUGCUGGACUUGAAUAAAGCCACUGCUCUUUCAA